GGAGGAGGGAGUCAUUUGCUGUUGUUAUUGUGGAAUUUGUUCAACAGGUACCAGGAAGCAGUGACCUAAAUGGGACUUUAGAAGAUGAAACCCAACCCCACAAGCCCUUCCUCACAUCCUUGCGGAGCUGCCACCUUAGGGGAAAAGAGUUGCCCUGUCUGCCAGGCCUGCAAAGCAGAGGAAGGACCAGGGGCUACCCAUCCCAACAUGGCUCAACCCAAAGCUGGUGGCUUGACAGCACCCCAGGGUCAGGCACUUCGGAGUCAAGCACCCCAGAGCCAGGCACCCCAGGGCCAGGCACCUCAGGGCCAAGUACCCCAGAGUCAGGUACCCCAAGUCCAGGUACCUCAGAGCCAACCACCCCAGAGCCAGGCACCCCAAGGCCAGGUACCUCAGAGCCAACCACCCCAGAGCCAGGCACCCCAAGGCCAGGUACCUCAGAGCCAACCACCCCAGAGCCAGGCACCCCAAGGCCAGGUACCUCAGAGCCAACCACCCCAGAGCCAGGCACCCCAAGGCCAGGUACCUCAGAGCCAACCACCCCAGAGUCAGGCACCCCAAGGCCAGGUACCUCAGAGCCAACUACCCCAGAGUCAGGCACCCCAAGGCCAGGUACCUCAGGGCCAACCACCGCAGAACCAGGCACCUCAGGGUAAGGCACCCCAGGGCAAAGCACCGCAGAGCCAGGUACCUCAGAGCCAGGCUCCCAACAAUAAACCCAAGGAGCAAGCAGAGCCCCCACGUCCCACCAGCCAGAAGGCCUUAGUGACAGGAGGGGGUGGCUACUUUGGGUUCAAUCUGGGUUCCAGCCUUGUCCAGAGGGGGGUCUCAGUGGUUUUGCUCGACAUCCAGCGUCCUAAAUGGGAGCUACCCAAAGGAGUGGCAUUCAUCCAGGGUGACAUCCGGGAUGGGGAGGUCCUGUAUCAAGCCUGUGAAGGGGUUGACUGUGUUUUCCAUGUGGCUUCCUAUGGAAUGUCAGGUGCUGAAAAGCUGCAAAAAGAACAGAUUGAAUCUGUAAACAUUGGCGGAACCAAAGUAGUGAUUGACGUCUGCAUCAAACGACAAAUUCCCAGACUCGUCUACACCAGCACUGUCAAUGUUGCGUUUGGGGGAAAGCCUAUCGAGCAAGGUGAUGAAGACUCCGUGCCAUAUUUUCCACUUGAGAAGCAUAUUGACUACUACUCACGGACCAAAGCCAUUGCAGACCAGCUGAUCCUCACAUCCAAUGGAACCCCACUACCUGGAGGAGGGACCUUUCGAACAUGUGUUCUUCGCCCCCCAGGCAUCUAUGGACCAGAAGAGCAAAGGCACCUUCCUAGAGUGGCGAGCAGUAUCAGGAAGAGACUAUUCACCUUCAAAUUUGGGGAUCCCAGAACACGGAUGAACUGGGUCCAUGUACAGAACUUGGUCCAGGCACACCUUCUGGCUGCAGAGGCACUCACCGCAAAUAAAAAUUACAUUGCAAGUGGCCAAGCAUACUACAUCAAUGAUGGUGAGAGUGUCAACCUCUUUGAGUGGAUGUCCCCUCUGUUUGAUAAGAUGGGAUACAGCCGGCCAUGGAUCCAGAUUCCUACUUCCUUGGCUUACCUGUCAGCUUCAGGAAUGGAAUAUCUCCACCUGGCCCUGAAACCCAUCUGUGAUUUCCCACCUCUGCUGACCCGAAGUGAGGUAUGGAGUAUCGCCGUGACUCACACCUUCCAGAUCCAAAAAGCCCGUGACCAUCUCGGCUACAUGCCAGAGAAGUUCUCCUUUGCUGACUCAGUAGACCAUUAUAUCCAGACCCGGCACAAGCAGCAGCACCACAGCCCAGUGCUUCUAAGAUUCCUGAUGGUCUUCAUCUGCUUCGUUGGUGCACUCUUGCUUUCCCUGUACUUCCUGGACCCUUCAUUCCUCGGGCUUUCCCAUGGAGACCACCUGUAACAGUCACCAUGCAAGCUCCACAGGCUCCUGUCACUUCAGCAGUACCUAGCCCUGAAAUAAAACAUGUCCAGGUUAGGAACUGAUGGAGAUACCAAGCCCUGAGCCCCUUGGAAAAAGAUACUAGCAGGUUCCUACAAGACUUGUCCAGGGCUAAGAAGGAGGUAAGAGGGCAUGAGACAUAAGAUGGCUUCCAAAUUCUUUUCAGGAAGUCCAAAAAAAAAAUCCCACUGUCUUUUUCUUCUUACUUCAAGACUUUCUCUGAUGUAUUAAAAUUUAGUUUAGAUCAGGGGUUCUUAAUCUUUUUUUUGUGUGUGUUGUGAACCCCUUCUCGGAAUAAUGUUCUUUUUUUAAAAAAUUCAUAACUGAAGGAAAUACUAAAUUUUAGAGGUUAGAAAAAAGAAAGAUGUUAUUUUUUUUUUACCCCAUCCAAGUUCAUGGGCCCUCCUGAAAUCUAUCCAUAGACCUAUUGGGGAUCUGUAGAUCUCAAAUUAAGAACUCCAGUUUAGACCCAAUUUAACUGCGUCCCAUUUGAUCCAUCUCUUUAAUUGAUGUCUUACUUAUCUAUUGUUACCUAUACUUGAGAGACCUUGGUAUGUCCCAAGCUAUAAAAUUGUUACUCUGAUCUUGGUUGCAUUUCCUGUUCAACAGAAAUUGUGCCUCAAGUCACUUUGGUACCAGUUUUUGGUUCUGAUUUUUUCAGCUGGCUGUAAAAGAAUAUGUACAUAGCUAUAUGUAAUAUACAUGUGUACAGAGAAUAAAGAACAUACGUAUAAAA